AUGGCGGCGGGCAGAGUCACACAGAAGAGGCGGACGUGGUGCUGUUGGACUCUCUUGCCCCCGUCCCCCCAACUUCUCUUCCUCCUUGUAUCCCUUCAUGGAUCCCUCCCUUCGUCUGCUCCUCCCUUCCUCCAUGCCGCCUCCUCGUCGCUGCUUGACGCAUCGCCCUCUCAUCGCCUUCGCCUCCACCGCCACCUCGCCGCCUUUAGGGACGAAACUGGCUGUCCUUCCCUUGUCUCCACUUUCCUCCAUGUCCGCUUCUCCCUGCAUGCGUCUCAACCUUGUCCUCUCCCCUCUGUCCUCCGCUCUCCCCCCUUGUCCUCUCCCCCCUGUCCUCCUCUCUCCCUUCCUUUCCCUCAUGUACCAACUUCCUUUCCCUUAUUGAUCCCCCCUCUAACCCCUCAUUCCCUUCCUUCCUUUCCGCCUUCCCUCCGUUUCUCCCUUUUCUUCCCCGUUGCUCUAGCUUUCCCCCCUUGCGUGCCUUCAUUUCCCCCACUGCUUCCCCUCUUUCCCCCCCUGCUUCCCCCCAAUCCCCCUCCUCCCCUUUCCCCCAGGACGAAGCCGUGCCUUCACAAGUUUGGUGGCGCAAGGGUGCAGCAGCAGGGGCAAAAGUACAUAGAGGAGUUGAGACAAUACGGUAAGAGGAGUGGUGGGACACUGUUUUGA